AUGGAGAACGGCGCCGGCGUUGGCAACGGGGCAGCUGCUGCGGCGGCGGAGGCUUUGCCGGCACCGGUGGCGGCAACGGCGGUGCGGGAGCAGGACCGUCUGAUGCCGAUCGCGAACGUGACCCGGAUCAUGCGUCGCAUGCUGCCUCCCCACGCCAAGAUCUCGGACGACGCCAAGGAGCUGAUCCAGGACUGCGUGUCGGAGUUCAUCAGCUUCGUGACCGGCGAGGCGAACGAGCGGUGCCACGCCGAGCACCGCAAGACCGUCACCGCCGAGGACGUGGUCUGGGCCAUGGACAACCUCGGCUUCGACGACUACGUCAUGCCCCUCACCGCCUUCCUCCAGCGCAUGCGCGGGUGCGAGGCCCGGGUCGGCGCCGCUGCAAGGGCGCCGUCCCGCGCGCAGCACAUGGCCACCGCGCCGGGAAACGGCGUGCAGGUUCAGAUGCAUCGGGCCGUGUACGCGCCACCGGCUCCGGCGCAGGGGUAUGCCGUCGCGAUGGAGCCGCUAGUGCAGGCCACCGUCGUCUCACCGCACAUCGCGGGCGGCCAGGGUCAGCAGGGCGACGUGCUUUGCACAGAACAUGCUGUGACUCGGCAGUACCUUGGGAAUGGAGCUUACGCGGGUAGCAGCAGGAGCCGUGGAGGCUGUGGCGACGAGGAAAGCUCGUCGAGCGGCGCGCCGGUGACGGCGACUGGCACGGCGCUCCCAGACCCACAGUAG